GAUACCACAGCACACUUUCAGAGGUCUUGUGGAGUCCAUUCCUCGACGGGUCAGAGCUGUUUUGGUGACACAAGCGAGGACGUACACAAUAGUAGGCUGAUCAGUGUAAGAGUUCUUGUGUGAUACACGGUUUUUAAAUUUAUUUAUUUAUUUUAUUAUUUAGAAGUAUUUCAGAUAAUCGAAUAGCAGUGAGGCAACACCCCCUCAGUCCACCCCACGCUUUACAUCAACCUCAGAAGUGCCAUAUAGUACUGGCGAAUGAAAAAGCAGUGUCUCACUUGGGGUAUUUUUAAUCUUUCCGAGAAAACAAGGUGAGCUUUGGUGGAUUUUCCUCAAUCUGGCAACCGCUUCACCAACACAUACUUCUUCUCUCUCUCGCUCCAGCGCGGACAUUUGCGCGCACAGCUGGAGCGCACAUCACCAGACGCACGUUACCACUGCUUUCUGAAGUAACACACAGGACUAGUUCUACUACAGUGACUACAGACAUGUUGGACCACACGAGCCAAAGAGACUUAUUUGGGAUUUUACUUCCUUUAUUGUGUUUUUGCCUGGUACAAAUUCCUGGUACAUGUGCUGCAAACUCUCUGCAGCCUAAUCUACCUAGCACUCAACCUGCUCCUAAUGUGACAUCAGCUCCUCUCAACAUUACAGAUCACAGUGAUUGUCCCAUUAAAAUACAGCCUGUUAAAUUAGUGGUGGAGUUUGGAGAUUCAGUCUCAGCUAACUGUUCUACAACCAUCACCCACGAAGGCAUGGGCUGGGAGGCAUCUGACGGAGGAGUAGACAUGAUGCAAAUGGUCCAGAACAUCACCUGGAGGGUAGAGAGCCUCACGCACUGGGACAUGAAACCAAUUUGCUACAUAAAUGUAAACUCCGUGCAGUGCGAACUUGGGCCCUCAGUUACUGUUUACAAGCAUCCAGACCGGGUGUCCAUCAGCACCGUGAAUCACACAGGGCCGAUGAUUGAAGGCAGAGAGUACGAGCUCCAGUGUGAUGUUCAGAAUGUUGCUCCUGUUCAUCUCCUCACUGUGAGCUGGUACAAAGGACAACAUCUAGUGAAAAGAGAAAACUUUUCUGAUAAGAGCCCAUUUCCAUUUAAUAAAACCACAACACUUCAGAUCUCCCCGAGCAGAGAUGAUGAAGGAGUUCAGUACAGAUGUGAGGCAGAACUGAAUCUGGGACCAGAAGGACCUCAACCUCCUCCUAAAGUGACAUCAGAUCCUCUCAACAUUACAGUGUAUUUUGGACCUGAGCUUUCAAACUGUCCUGGUGUUGUACAUCUGAAUGAGGGAGCGAGUCUGGCAGGCUACUGCCUUGUCACAGGAAAACCAUUUCCUGAUUUCUACUGGAAGAGAGAGGAGUCUGUAUUUGACCCUACCACUCCACUUAAUAGGAACUCAAGUGGAGAGUACAAAAUCAUCAUCAACAAGAAUGUUACUUCCCUGACGGUGGAAGUGAUAUAUGGACCAGAAAUUUCAUGUGGACACCAUUUUAUAGUCCAAGAAGAUACAUAUUUCACACCCAACUGCACGGUUAACGGUUUUCCACAGAUUACUGAGAAUUGGUAUAAAGAUGAAGACGACAUCCUGUCAGGGUUCCCACGAACUAUGUACAGGAAUGCUGCAGGGAAUUACACUCUAAUAGCAAGCAACAACUACUCCAACGUCAGUCAUGUAAUACAAAUCGAGGUCUGGUAUCCACCCUCGGAGAUUUCAGAGCUGCAGAAUGAAAAUGUAUCUAUUGGCAAAGAUGUGGUGCUCAAGUGCGUUUCUUAUGCCAACCCUCGGCCCAGCUACAGAUGGAUCUACCAUCAGACAUCUAAUGUACGUAUCGUGGACGAAGAUGGCGUGUCUCGGCUGCACAUAACGAAUGCUGAUGGAGAAAACACUGGCACGUACAUGUGCAUUGUCACCAAUGUUUUGGGAAUAAAGAACAAAGCGGUCAGAGUUGAUGUUCAAGGUGCAAAGGCCGCAUGUCCGCUUUCUAUCAACCCGCAACCUGUAGUGUUGGCGUAUGGCAGUUCUCAUAAUGUGACAUGUGAAUCAUCUGUGCCUAGCGCAAGCUUGAGUUGGAAAUAUGCGGACAAAGUGCUUAAUGAGAGCACCUUGGUAAUUAACUCUAACUUGUUUACCGAUAUGCUGGGCUGGAGUGGAAAAGCAUCAUGCCUUGGACAUUUUGUGGGACUUGACGAUUGUCAAAAAGAUUUAAAUGUUAUCAUUUACAAGCGUCCAGACAAGGUGUCCAUUAGCGCCUCGAGUCACGCAGAGCCGAUGAUCGAAGGCGAAAACUAUACACUCCAGUGUAACAUUCAGAAUGUCGCUCCUGUUCAGUUCCUCACUGUGAACUGGUACAAAGGACAAGAUCUAGUGAAAAGUGAAACGGAUUUUGAGACCAAGGAUCUUAGUACUAUUAAUACGACACUCGUGAUCUCCCCAAGCAGAAAGGAUAAUAAAAAACAGUACAGUUGUGAAACAGUGCUGAAACUGGGACCACAAAGCCUUUGUGAAAAUAAAUCAGAUCCUCUCAACAUUGCUGUUCAUUACAAACCGGCUAUAACGGAUAAAUUGCCACCACGGGUCCCGGUCUUUCACGGCUAUCCGGUGGUGCUUAUUUGUGAGGCCAGUGGGUAUCCAGAGCCCUCUGUCGCAUGGAUCGUCAACAACAAUAGAUUCGAAGGUGGAAACCUGACAGUGAAAGAUAACGGCGGUGACUACACCUGCAUUGCAAACAAUUCUGUUGGGAGUGACACCAGAGUGGUCCAGGUAGUCCAGAAAGAUGUCAGUUGCAAGCUUGUGCUCAAGCCCCCUGAACUGCUGGUGAAGUACGGAGCUUCAGCGUCGGUGGAUUGUUCCACUGCAACUCCAAGCAACCACACAGGCAUGGGCUGGGAGGCGUCUCAGGGAGCAGUGGGCAUGAUGGAAGAUGUCCAGCUCAUCACCUGGAAGGUGGACAACCUCGUGCACUGGGAAAUACAGCCUGUUUGUUUCGUCAACACAUUGGCAGGGCAGUGUCAAAUCAAGCUCCCAGUAACUGUUUACAAGUUUCCAGACCAGGUGUCCAUCAGCACCGUGGGUCACACAGGGCCGUUGAUUGAAGGCAAACAGUACGAACUCCAGUGUGACGUUCACAAUGUUGCUCCUGUUGACCUCCUAACUGUGAACUGGUACAAAGGACAACAUUUGGUUGCAAAAACCUCAUUUUCUGACUCCACCAAGACUCCAGUGAAUCAGUCCACCCGAUUCCACAUAUCCCUGAGCAGAGCUGAUGAUGGAGUUCGCUACAGGUGUGAGGCGGAGCUGAAACUGAGCAGGACGAAAGCUGGAACUCAAGUUUCUUCCAAAGUGGCAUCACAGGUUCUUGGCCUUACUGUACAUUACCGUCCACAGGCCACCAGCGUAGUAGAGAUCUUCAACGAGACAACCAAAGUCGUCGCAUUGAACUGCACAGUGAAGGCAAAUCCUCCUCCGAGGUAUACAUGGAGCUCAACAAAUCUGGGGAAGGAAUUUAAUAUAGGCCAUCCAGUCCUCAACAUAUCAUCUAUGGGAUCUGGGAACUACACUUGCACAGCGUCGAAUGGAAUCGGCAGCGUCAGCAAACUGUUCGUUGUUAAAACUAAACCUAGAGGUGGAAAUCGUACCACUUUUUGGGCGAUUGUUGGCCCCUUUGUCGGACUGGCUGUGGUGACGAUCGUCGGUUAUGUAUCGGUCAAAACGAGGACUAUCAAGAAAUGAGCCUUCGCAAAUGUUCUUACCAAAGCAUUUCAGCGUUUGCUUUCAUAGGAUGAUCACCUGAAUUUACCACUUCAGAGACAAUCAUUCGACUAGGUUGUGUUCGAUUCAACACUGGUGGCUUCAUCGUGCGAAUAAGCACCACUGUUAGGGAUGGAAAAGCUUCUCUUAGUGAAAGAAGUUUCCAGCUAGCAUCCUAAAGGAUUUUUGGUUUGAUCCUUUGUGGGGGAACAAAACGUCAAGUAGAGCAGACAAUCACUCCUAGAACCCUCAAGGAACCCUCGAGGAACCGUUUUCUUAUUUUCAAAGAGUGUAUGGGCAGGUAGAUCCAUAUCUCCAUGUUUUUACUGUGAAUGUGCCUCAGCAGCCUCGUAAACGGCAGCAUUUGAGUCCGGUGUCCUAGUUUUUUGUUUCAUUCUUUAAUACUCAAUUUUAUUUAUCUUGUAUUGAAGUCAUUAUUUAUUAGAUGUGUAUUAUUAUAUUAGUGUGGUUUCAGACUUGUUUAACCAAAGUUGCUGUAAGUGUGUAAGCCGUCGAUUUUACUCAAGCUUUCUCACUUAAUCUCAGUUUCAAGCUUCUGUAUCCUGUGUGCAUAAACCAAGAGUUAACGCUAAACGCUGUCCUGAGUCGUUGUCAUUAGUAGGCUCACUCUGGGAAUUCAUCACUUAGUGAUUCAUUACUUUUGUCCUGUCACAGAAAGAUAAGGUGGUCAUUUAUCCUGUGUUUCGAUAUGCGUUCAUUUCUCUGGCUAUUUCACAGCAAGUGAGUCACUUCUACGUAGGUCUGCACUGCUGAGCCUUUCAUAGCACCUCAUUUAGUGAAACUCUUCCACUGUAUUUAACAUACUGUAAUUCUUUUCUCAUUUCUUUUCCUUAUUGAAGUAUUAAGAAGUAAAGGAACCUUCUAUUCAACUAUGGAUCUUUUCCAUCCAAAUAUAUUUAAUCCAAAUCUUGCCUAAAUAUUAAUGUGGUUGCAAAAGAUUGUACUUAUUUUUAAUCGAGUACACCUUCCACACAGGGCACUUUAUAGUGUACGUUUAUUUACUGACUGUAGCCUAUCUGCUGCUAUGUACGGUAAGACCAUCGCUUAGCAGAUAUUACUUGGGAAUUUCGAGUACAGCAGUGAUACUGACAUGGUGGUGUGUGUUGCUGGUACAAGUGUGUGUACUGGCCAGUAUUGGCCAGUGUAUUAGACAUACCUACCUUGUGGCUCUUUCAUUUCACCCCCCCCCCCCCCCCCCCUAAUAAUUGUGUCAAAUCCCAGCAAAACACACUUUAAGAUGUGAAUCUUAAGAUGUAAAAGAUGUGAAUACUUCUGAAAAGUACUUGAUUCUAUUUUAUUUUUAUUUUUAUUAUUAUUAUUAUUAUUAUUAUUAUUAUUAUUAUUAUUAUUAUUAUUAUUAUUUUUUACAUUGCAUUGUAUUUUAUGGUUUUAUCUGUUCAUUAAAAGACAGAAAGAUGUUUGGCGUGCACUAGAAUAGAAAUAAUAACUCACAACGGUACAUCAAAGUAUUAACAUGCUCACAAUGCAUUGUCUUUUGUGCGUCUUUAGUCUUUUUUUUUUUUUUUAGUCUUUUACUGUAGUAAAUUGGUUAUUCGGUUUCAUUUGAAAUAUUCUGAUAAAUAAAAUACUGUUCUUGUUGUUAAGGAAUUCGGUAUUAUUUAAUUUUUAUUUUUUAUUUUUAUUUCCACUGUGGAACAAAACUGUCUCGAGGAAAUGUAGCACACUCGUUUGUUUUUAAAAUUCAAGUGCAGUUUAAAAAAAAAAAAUAAAUAAAAAUUGAAUCCUCACUCCCAUAA